GUUUUGUAAAUAGAGUGCUUACUGUGUCCAGAGGAUUCUUCUAGUGCUGGGGACACCGCAGUGAACAAGAAACGGCCCCCACCUCUUGGAGCAUGUAUUGCAAUAGAGAUGAGGCAUUAAUGUAAUAGACACAAUAAACAAACAAAUAAUUUUUAAUCGUGACAAGGGGUACGCAGAAAAAAACCCAAAGAGAUAAAAUUGCUAGAGAUGAGGGAGUUAGGGUAGCCCUGGUAGUCAGGGAAGGCCUCUCCAAAGAGUUAACAUUUGAACUGAAACCUGAUGGCUAGAGGGAGCAGCCUUGCCUAUCCCUAAGAAGAAACUUCCAGCCCGAGGGUACAGAGGCUUCGGCUGGUUUGAGUGACAGAGAAGGCUCCUUGGCUGCAGAGUAGUGAGCAAGGUGCCCCGGGCCUCUGAGGAAUAGAGUUUUAUUCUAGGGUUGGAGGGAGGUGACCCUUCCUGGUCGUCAGACCCCAAUUACAUGUUAUUUCCCACAAGAAGCCCUCCCUGACCCUUCAUCUAAAUUAGCACUUCUCCUACCUUGAUAUUUUCUCUGUUAGCACAAUGAGCAAGAGCUUGACCUAUUUUGUCAUCAUAUCCCUGCUCCAUUCUUUAACCCCAGCACUGUUUAAUCUGAUUAAAAGCUUGUUUUCUGAUUCCAAAGGUAGAACUAAAAGCAGAUUUUUUCCCUCUCUAACCAGUAGCCCUUCCCUGAGGACAUGCACUCCCCAGACAUGAGCAAACAAAAACCAGCAGUGGUAACUUGUCCCCCUCCUAGCCCUGGGUUACAGUUCUCUCCACAGUGGAGAGUGGUAUGUGUUGAGGGGUAGGGUGGCUCGUGUCUUUGGCAACCUUUUCCCCUGAGAUACGCUGGUUGCCUUGUUUGAGUGAGUAGGACAACAGAUCUGGCAAUAGCAAUGGCCCAGGUGGGUCCUGCCCACAGAUUGCCCUGGAUAGAUAGCUGAUUAGGGGCUGGAUGGGGGUGGGGUGGCUCUGCUCUUCCAUGCAUUUGCAGUCUGUGCUGUUCAGGCACAGGUGACUCACAAGCCUGUCCAAUCUUCCCCCAUAGCCCUUCAUACUCUUAACAUGUCAAAAAGGCUCUGCUGCCAAAUGUCACCUCACAGCAUUGUAACCAAGCAACCAGCCUGCUUCUACCCAUACACAUUUUGUUAACUGAUGCCUGAAGAGGAACAUCUCUUUACAAAGUGGCAGCUACUUACAGGGCUCAAGCCCCACAGAAAAGGAUAUCCUCAAAGACCUCCACCCAAACACAAGAACUCACAUGUCUGUUGAAGGGAAGAGUGAGGAGAGCAAGGCCUCAUGCCUACUGUGUGUAUAUCUUGUCAGAGCAGAAUUAUAUUUAUUGUUUUUUAAAUAACUUUUCCCUUGAGUCAGGGCUAUAAGAAUGAAAAAUAAAAUCGAUAGGAAAGAACUAAUAAAAAAUUAACUUUUCCACAACCAGAAAGUUAAAACAUGUUGGUACAUAAUAAAAUAAGUCUUGAAGAAAUUAGAAAAAUAGAAGAAAAACAAGAACUACCCAUAAUUCUAUGUCCCAGAAAGAACUGGGUGAAUAUUCUGGGGUUUAUGUUGCCAGGUUUAUUUUUCUGCUUGUUUUGUGUAGUAAUAUAGCAAGAAUGUUUUCUGGUGUUCCACAACAUGGUUUUACUGGUCGCAGAGUCAUCCACGUCAGGGAUCCCUUUGUUCAUUUCACAAAUCCUUAUUGAGUGUUUGCUGUGUGCCAGGCCCUGGGGAUAGAAACUGGAGGCCUUGUCUCUUGGGGGAAGGCAGAUAAGAAGCAAGUAAGCUAACUUGUCUUAUGGUCAGAUGACAGAGAGCUGUGGAAAAAAACCAAAGAAUAAGGAAUUCUGGUAGAAGGGGAGGCAGCGGUUUUAAAUAGUAUCAUUCAGCAAACAUUGGAAGGAGUGUAGGUGAGCAGGUCUUGGGUGCAGCUUCUUCUUGGGACAUGAGGGAAGUGGCUAAUGUGCUUGCCUCAGCAUCUCACUAUUUCCUGCUGUCUUCUGGAUCUGGGGGGUCCUGGGGUCGUAGGGCCUCUGGCCUGGGCUCCUUCCACUCAUGGCUGUGUGUUCCCCCAGCAUGUACCAUCUCUAGCACCUGCUCCGCUCCCACUGGCUACCCUGGAAUGGUGAUGGCACUCCCAAUGCCUGGACCCCAGAGCCAGACAGAUCACCCAAAUGUUCCUAAUGUGGCCUCUCCAUCUCCUGGGUCCUUGCUGAGGCCUCAACUGCCCAGGACAGCAGGGUUUGUGGUUGCAGGAGUCCAUUGUGUUUGAGGAUGUGGCUGUGUACUUCACGAGGAUAGAGUGGAGUUGCCUGGCCCCCGAUCAGCGGGCACUCUACAGGGACGUGAUGCUGGAGAACUAUGGGAACCUGGCCGCACUGGGCUUUCUUAUCACCAAACCAGCACUGAUCUCCCUCUUGGAGCAAGGGGAGGAGCCAGGGGCCUUGAUUCUGCAGGUGGCUGAGGAGAGAGGAACCAAGGCCAGCCUGUGCACAGAUUCCGGGAUGGAGGCUGGUAUGGCAGAAUCUCCUCCGAAGAGGGAGAUCUCUAGGCAGGCUGGACUGUCAGGAACGGUUUGGGGGUGCCUCCCCAGGAGGGACCCCAAGCUAUCUGACCUGAAUGGCAGUACUGAGGACAGGUCAGAUAAACAACGUCUCCUCCCCUGGGCUCAGGCUGAGGAGUUAAGCAUCUCCCCAGGGGCUCUGCGAGAAGAAUGGGGCAGCCGGCCUGCAAGGAGCUCUGCUGCCAGCGGGCAGAGAGGCUACAGGUGCGAGUGCGGCAAGGUGUUCAAGUACAACUCUCUGCUGCUCAGGCACCAGAUCAUCCACACAGGGGCCAAGCCCUACCAGUGCACCGAGUGUGGGAAGGCCUUCAAGCAGAGCUCCAUCCUGCUGCGGCACCAGCUGAUCCAUACUGAGGAGAAGCCCUUCCAGUGCAGCGAGUGUGGGAAGGCCUUCCGGCAGAGCACGCAGCUGGUGUCCCACCACCGGGUCCACACCCGGGAGCGGCCCUAUGAGUGCAGUGAGUGUGGCAAGACAUUUACUCGCAGCUCCCGGCUCCUGCAGCACCAGAAGUUCCACACAGGGGAGAAGGCCUAUGAGUGCGGUGAGUGUGGCAAGGCCUUCUGCCGCCGGUUCACCCUCAAUGAGCACUGCCGCAUCCACAGCGGGGAGCGGCCCUACAGCUGCCUACGGUGUGGGCAGCGCUUCAUUCGAGGGUCGUCACUCUUGAAACACCACAGGCUGCAUGCCGAGGAGAACCCCCAGGACAAUGGUGGAGGUCAGAGCCCCUUGCUUGGUGCAGCACAGAAGGCCCAUGCCGGGGACAAGUUCUACAAGUGCUCUGUGUGCCAGAAGCCCUUCAGACACAACUCUCUGCUCCUUCUGCACCAGCGGCUUCACACGGGUGAGAAGCCGUUUGAAUGCUCGGAGUGUGGCAAGGCCUUCAGUCGCAAGUCCAACCUCACUCUGCACCAGAAGAUCCACACCAAGGAGAAGCCCUUCACAUGCACGGAGUGCGGCAAGGCUUUCCGCAGGAGCUACACACUGAACGAGCACUACCGGCUCCACAGUGGCGAGAGGCCAUACAGGUGCCAGGCCUGCGGGAGGGCCUGUAGCCAGCUGUCCACCCUCAUCCAGCACCAGAAGAUCCAUGGCCGGGAGCAUCGGCAGGGUGGGGGUGGCAGGCGGGUGCCCCGCUGGACUGCCCGUUGACAAUUACAAUAGGCAGAAGAUUUACCCACCCCAGAGGUGCCCCAGCACAGAAAGCUGUAAACCCACACCCUGAGGGUACAGCAAAGGAAGGGGCCAGGGAGGGUCUGUCCCAGGGUCAAGCAUAAGGAGCACAAGAGGGAGAUGAGCAGGACAGGGAGGAGGGUGUGCCUGGAGUGAGUCCCUGCUGGCCCUCAGAGUGGCAAGGCUGCAUGUGGGUGUGCCAGGACAGCAGCUUUCUGAGCCCAGAUAAGUCUGUCCUGAUGCACACACAAGCUCCAGCAAACCAAACGGAGAUUGUGGGUGGGGCAUUUUUCUUUCUUUUUUGAGACAGUGUCACUCUUUCACCCCAGCUAGAGUUGUAGUGGCGUCAUCAUAGCUC